AUGUAUAACACAGUGCCGAGUGCUCGUGCGCGGGUCUUGCAGGUCAGGGAAGAGAAGGAUCUGGAACCAGCUGGGUGGCCGGAGACGGUGGAACACAGUGGCUGGAUCUUGGGAGUGUCAGGCAUCUGCUUCAUUCCAAGCCCAAACUUAACAGGAAGGCGCGUAUUCACCCCGAAGGCAGGGCCGGAGGCAAGCCUGGCUGACCAGCUGGGCUCUCCUCCCAUAAGGGACACCUGGGAGCCUUGCAGGCCGGAGGAGCGGGGGACCCCGCCAGGCGUGUUGCCACCUUCAGGCUGCCAAUCUCAGGACGGUUUACAGCUGUGGGAGCCGCGACCCAGCAGGCUGUGCAGACGUUUGGGGCGUGCCCUGGGCGCCAGAGGCCUGGCCUCUCCCCGCCCCCACCCGCCCCCGAAGGUUCAAGGACGGCCGGGUGGGGGUGCACUGCGCAGGCACGCGCUGCUCAGGUCGCAGAGCCGCGAGCUUGACCAGGGGAGGCGCCAGGAGAGGCCGGGUCACGGAAACCGGUCGGUGGGGUACCGGCUUCUACCUGAUUCCAAGUCCAAGUCGGAUAGAGUCAAUGUUUCAGACUUUGUCCUCCGGCAUUCUAGAGGCAUCUCUCCUGGGGCACUCAUCGCCAGACUGGGUCACGGAGCAUCCUUCCCUAGCUUCCUGUGAACUUCAUGGACCACCCAGAGGGACUCGUAUAUAGAUAGUUACGACUCCAAGCGCAAAAAGACUCUUCCCACCAAAUGCACUUUAAAACAUCAUCUCAUUGGUCAAUGAGCCUCAGGACACUGACUGACUUAGGCCAGAGAGAUGACAGCCCGUAAGAGUCUGAAGAUUGUGGGGGUGGUUCCAGAAGGUCAUCGGCAUGUAAUCCUGAAACAGGCAAGGGCUGAGAAAUCUCUGUUCUACGUCAUUAGAGCAUGAAGCCAGAUUCAGAUAACACUGGCGUGAGCCAGAAAGAACAGGGGCAAACACUCUCGAGUCGGUGCCGCCCUUCCAGAAGAAAGACUGUUCUCUGAGCCCUCAGUGUAGAGCGAGGAACAGUUCCUGAGUGAGAGCCAGCCACUGUAGAACCUGUCACACGGCUCAUGUCCUCCGAUGUCACCGCGCAUGUUAAAUUCUAUGCUU